AUGGCGCCAUCACUCAAGAUCUCCGCCGGCCCCUCGGUCGACUCGCUCACCACCGUCGCCGUCAACCACGAUGACCAACCCACUACCAUCGACACCGACCUCUUCCAAGGACGCAUCGCUGUCCGCAUCAAAAACUUUACCGGCUCCGAUCCUCCCUCGGUCUCCCAUCAAAAGGACACUCCGUACUUCGGCUCGAACCACGGCAAGAACCAGAGCUGGAGUAUGCAGAUCCAAGGACGAUUCAAACAGUCCGUCUCUGCCGACGAUCUGGUCUUCGGAAAUGAAUUCGACAAGCCUAUCAAAGAUCACCUUCCCUACGGAACCAGUGUCGCACUGCAAUUCGUCAAGCUCAUCGAUCCAAAUCUGGAGCACGAUCUUUACGCGCAGAAACCACAUGCUUGGUCUCCCUACCUAGCUACUAUGCCUCGAAUCAACUCGGUCAAGCUCGACAAUUCGGAAGCAGGGUUCGAUUCGUGGCCUGCAUUCCCCGUUCAUCCGACCUACGUCGAGGACGAUCUCACCAGUCUCAUCCCCACCGACCUCGCAGAGAAGGAAAAGGACACAGUCGCCAACUUCAAAGGCAUCGACAAAGCCCACGAAUACCGUCAGAGGUUCCUCGGAAACAAAUCCCACAGACAACACAUUAAGGUCGAGGCAGAUCAGCUCAUCACAGCCGACUUCUUCAACGGCUUCAUCGAUUUCAACGAUCUCACCCUUCACAUUCCUUUCUCGGGAGGAUUGAAGUUCGAUCUGAAAAAGUACUGGGACGGUCAACCCGUCAGGUACAUCUGCAAGGACAAGUCGAGUGGAAAUGUUUUCUUUGUUAUUCAGUUCGAUAUCGUCGAUCUCAACCAGUGA